CACGGGUGCCUUCUCUUCUCCUCGCCUCUUCCUUUCUUUUUAGUAAUCGACUAUCCCACGCUGCAGCGCUAGCUGCGUUGCAAUUUUAAUUUUGUUUCUUCCGCCGACCGUUGCUUGGGCUGUGUCAUGGAAGGAAGCCGAAGGAGAUUGGGGUGAGACGGAAGAAGAAGCCAUUUUUACUUGUUUUUAGUCCUGUCGUGUCGUGCCUCGUCGCUUGCAGUACUUGUGGAUUCGCCGAAGGAAGUGAGGCCGGGAGUAACGUCGUCGUCGGCGUUCGUAAUGCUGCGAAGGGAAGGGCAAGAGGAGGGCGGCGCCGAUCCGCCACCAGCCCUCGCUCGACUUCUACGCCCGCAGGUCGAACGGAUCGUCGCCUCCGUCACCGCACAGAGCUUCUGCGAACGCCCAGCCACCGGCGCCGCCGUUAUCCGCCUCUUCUUUCAUGACUGCUUCGUCGAAGGGUGCGACGCGUCGGUGCUGAUCGCGCCGAGCGCCGGCGGCGGGAGAGAGGGAGCGGCCCCAGCGGUGGAGAGGGACGUGGAUGAGAACAGGAGCCUGCAGGAGGAGGCGUUCGAGACGAUCGAGAUGGCGAAGGAGGCGGUGGAGAGGCAGUGCCCCGGCGUGGUCACGUGCGCUGACAUCCUCGCCGUCGCCCCCAGGGACUUCGUUCACUUGGUAUAUUUUCUACUUCUGCUAUUUUUAAAGCCUUUUUUUUUUGUCUGAUAAUUGUUGUUGUCUCUCUCUCAGG